AAUCACAUGACUGGUGACUAAAUCUUUUCUGCUUAGUGAAAGAGAAGCGUCUGAUGAUUACUUAGCUAUCCUCCUUUCAUUUUUGAAGUUUUGGAGAUUUUCAGUCAUGUUCCAAUUUGUGCUUUUUUCCACCCUGUUUCCUUCUGUAUUUACUGAGCUUGGGGAGCCACGCUGGGUCUGCAACUCCUCGGAUAUAAGUAUUUGGUACACCUACUGUGAUAACAUGAAAUACCCUAUUUCACUGAAUCUUACACCUUGUAUAACAUUGAAGGGAAGCAGAGGACUUUUGCAUAUUUACUACAUUCCAAGGAGAGACGUGGAAAAAUUAUAUUUCAAUCUCUAUCUAUCUGUCAACUCCAUAAACCUUCCAAAGCGCAAAGAAGUUAUUUGUCGAGGAUCUGAUGACAGUUAUUCUUUUUGCAGAGCUCUGAAGGGAGAGACUGUGAAUACAACAAUACCAUUCUCCUUCAGGGGAAUAAAAUUUUCUAAGGGACUGUACAGAUGUGUUGCAGAAGCCAUUAGCGGAAAGACUGAAGAGAUGCUCUUUUGUUUGAAUUUUACCAUGAUACACUAAUCUGCAUUCAAAUAAAUGGAGUCGAUUUUA